AUGGAGAAUGUCAAAACUGCUUACGAAAUCAUGGAGCAACUCAAAGAAAUGUUUGGGCACAAGUCAAUGCAAGCUAGUUUCGAGGCUACCAAGAAGUAUGUGAAUUGUAGGAUGGCACCUAGCCAACAUGUUCGUGAUCAUUUUAUUAAGAUGGCGAACUACUUCCAAGAAGUUGAGUUGCAUGGAGCAACAAUAUAUGAGAAGACUCAAGUUGGAAUCAUUCUCAACAGUCUUGCACCUAGUUUCCUCACAUUCACCACGAACUAUUUUCUUAACAAGUUGGACUAUGGAAUCACUCAGUUAUUGAAAGAGCUCUAG